UUCCACCAUAAGCAAGAACUGAGCAAUGCUCUGGUAACAAGGAAAAAGAAAAAAAAAAAAAAGAAAAAAAAAAAGCCAGGCGGUGGCGCGCACCUGGUUAAGCGCUCACAUCACAGCGCGCAAUGGACCCAACUUGACCCAGGGAUGAGAUUUCCUCGGGCUCGGGCUCGGGCUCCGGCCCCGCCUCACAGGAGGCGCACGAGAAUGACGUGUCUACAUACGCCCAUGACGUACUUAGCGCGACGAUUCUAAGAACCCGGGAAAAAUAUUCCACCUGGGGAUACCAGAGAACCUGAGAGAUGUCCUUAGUUCUUCACUUCUUUGUCCGUCCCUCUGGCCAUGAGGGGGCAGCCUCUGGGCACACUCGAAGGAAGCUGCAAGGGAAACUGCCAGAGUUGCAGGAUAUUAAAACUGAGCUGUGUUACAAUGUGAACUGGUCAGCCAAGUCCCUCCCAAGCACUGAGGAGAUGAAGAAGCUGAAAUGGCUGUUUGGCUGCCCCUUGCUGUUAGAUGAUGUCGCUCAGGAGUCUUGGCUCCUUCCCAGCUCUACUGACCUGCUGCUGGAGGUUGGGCCCAGGUUGAAUUUCUCCACCCCGACAUCCACCAACAUUGUCUCAAUAUGCUGUGCUGUUGGACUGAAGGCUGUGGAUCGAGUAGAGACUACCCGGCGCUACCUGCUCUCGUUUGUCCAGCCCCCUUCAGCUGAGAUGGAGGCCAUCGCUCUGUCCGCCCUGCAUGACCGGAUGACAGAGCAGCACUUUUCUCGGCCCAUCCAGAGCUUCUCCCUUGGGAGUGUGCCAGCACCUCUCAAUGGCUCUAUCGACAUACUGACUGAGGGCCGGCCAGCCCUGGAGAAAGCCAACCAGGAGUUAGGUCUGGCCCUAGACUCCUGGGACCUGGAUUUCUACACUAAGCGUUUCCAGGAGCUACAGCGGAACCCCAGCACUGUGGAGGCCUUUGACUUGGCUCAAUCCAAUAGUGAGCACAGCCGGCACUGGUUCUUUAAGGGCAGACUCCACGUGGAUGGGCAGGAGUUGGCACACUCACUGUUUGAGUCCAUCAUAAGCACUCAGGCCACUUCUAACCCCAACAAUGUUCUCAAGUUCUGUGACAACAGCAGUGCAAUCCAGGGUAAAAAGGUUCGAUUCCUGCAACCUCAGGACCCUACACAGCCAAGCUGCUUCCGGCAACAGCAGGGACUGAGACAUGUUGUCUUCACAGCAGAGACCCACAACUUCCCCACAGGUGUUGCCCCCUUCAGUGGUGCAACCACGGGCACGGGGGGGCGAAUUCGAGAUGUCCAGUGCACGGGCUGUGGAGCCCACGUGGUGGCUGGCACUGCCGGUUAUUGCUUUGGAAAUCUGCACAUCCCAGGUUACAGUCUGCCCUGGGAAGAUACGAGCUUCCAGUAUCCCCAGAACUUUGCCCGACCCCUGGAAGUUGCUAUUGAAGCCAGUAACGGAGCUUCUGACUAUGGCAACAAAUUUGGAGAACCAGUGCUAGCUGGCUUUGCCCGUUCGUUGGGCCUCCAGCUCCCAGAUGGCCAGCGUCGUGAGUGGAUCAAGCCCAUCAUGUUUAGUGGGGGAAUUGGGUCCAUGGAAGCUGAGCACGUGAACAAGGAGGCCCCAGAAUUAGGUAUGAAUGUUGUGAAGGUUGGGGGUCCAGUCUACAGGAUUGGUGUUGGGGGUGGCGCUGCUUCAUCUGUUCAGGUGCAAGGAGAUAAUGCCAGUAACCUGGACUUUGGGGCCGUGCAGCGAGGAGACCCAGAGAUGGAACAGAAGAUGAACCGCGUGAUCCGGGCUUGUGUGGAGGCGCCCCAGGGGAACCCUAUCUGCAGCCUCCAUGACCAGGGCGCUGGUGGCAAUGGCAAUGUUCUGAAGGAGCUGAGUGACCCCGCAGGAGCCAUCAUUUACACCAGCCGCUUCCAGCUCGGGGACCCGACCCUGAAUGCCUUAGAAAUUUGGGGGGCUGAGUACCAGGAGUCAAAUGCACUUCUGCUGAGAUCCUCCGACCAGGACUUCCUGGAUCGUGUCAGCGCCCGGGAACGCUGCCCUGCCAGCUAUGUGGGCACCAUUACUGGAGACAAGAGAAUAGUGCUGGUGGAUGAUCGGGAGUGUGCCGUGGGAAGAAAUGGCCAGGGGGAUGGCCCCCUAACGCCUCCCCCAACCCCUGUGGACCUGGAACUGGAGUGGGUGCUGGGCAAAAUGCCUCGGAAGGAGUUCUUCCUCCAGAGGAAUCCUCCCGUGCUCCAGCCUCUGACAUUGCCCCCGGGCUUGAGCGUGCGCCAGGCUCUGGAGCGGGUUCUCAGGCUGCCUGCAGUGGCCAGCAAGCGCUAUCUCACCAAUAAGGUAGACCGCUCUGUGGGUGGCCUGGUGGCGCAGCAGCAGUGUGUUGGACCCCUGCAGACUCCUCUGGCAGAUGUGGCAGUUGUCGCACUGAGUCACCAAGAACUCGUUGGGGCUGCCACUGCCCUGGGAGAGCAGCCAGUCAAGAGCCUCCUAGACCCCAAGGUUGCUGCCCGACUGGCUGUGACUGAAGCUCUCACCAACCUUGUGUUUGCUCUUGUCACCGACCUCCGGGAUGUGAAGUGCAGUGGGAACUGGAUGUGGGCCGCCAAGCUCCCAGGGGAGGGUGCAGCCCUGGCCGACGCCUGUGAGGCUAUGGUGGCAGUGAUGGCAGCCCUCGGUGUAGCAGUGGACGGUGGCAAGGACUCCCUCAGCAUGGCUGCCCGAGUGGGCUCUGAGACUGUGCGGGCCCCUGGGUCCCUGGUCAUCUCAGCUUAUGCUGUGUGUCCAGAUAUCACAGCCACUGUGACUCCAGACCUCAAGCAUCCCGGAGGGAGAGGCCACCUGCUCUACGUACCUCUGAGCCCUGGGCAGCACCGGCUGGGGGGCACAGCUCUGGCCCAGUGUUUCUCCCAGCUUGGCAAUCAGCCACCUGACCUGGACCUUCCUGAGAACUUGGUGCGAGCUUUCAGCAUCACCCAGGGGUUGCUGAGAGAUCGAGUGCUUUGCUCAGGCCAUGAUGUCAGUGACGGGGGACUCAUCACCUGCCUGCUAGAGAUGGCCUUUGCUGGGAAUUGUGGGAUAGAGGUGGACGUCCCUGCCCCUGGGGUUGAUGUGCUGUCUGUGCUGUUCGCUGAAGAGCCAGGCCUGGUGCUGGAGGUACAGGAGUCAGACGUGGCCCAAGUGCUGAAGCAUUACCGGGACGCUGGCCUCCAGUGCCUGGAACUGGGCCAGACGGGCGCCUCUGGGCCCCACUCCAUGGUCCAGUUGUCAGUGAACGGGACAAAGAUUCUGGAGGAGCCUGUUGGGCAAUUGCGAGCCCUCUGGGAGGAGACAAGCUUCCAGCUAGACCGGCUGCAGGCAGAGCCACACUGUGUAGCAGAGGAGGAACGAGGGCUGAGGGAGAGGACGGGGCCCGGCUACUACCUGCCUCCCACCUUCCCCAAAGCUUCUGUGCCCCGAGAACCUGGGGGACCCACUCCCCGAGUUGCCAUCUUGCGAGAGGAGGGCAGUAAUGGAGACCGGGAGAUGGCCGAUGCCUUCCACUUGGCCGGGUUUGAGGUGUGGGAUGUGACCAUGCAGGACCUCUGCUCUGGGGCAAUCGGGCUGGAUACAUUCCGAGGCGUGGCCUUUGUGGGUGGCUUCAGCUAUGCCGAUGUCCUGGGCUCUGCUAAAGGAUGGGCAGCUGCUGUGGCCUUUAAUCCAAAGGCAGGGGCUGAACUGAGGCGCUUCCGAAAGCGACCAGACACCUUCAGCCUAGGCGUGUGUAAUGGCUGUCAGCUGUUGGCUUUGCUGGGCUGGGUGGGAGGUAACCCCAGUGAGGAGACGGGGCAGACUAGCCAGGACUCCUGGCCGGCCCAGCCUGGCCUCCUGCUGCGCCACAACCUGUCUGGGCGUUAUGAAUCUCGAUGGGCCAGUGUGCGUGUGGGUUCCGGGCCAGCACUGAUGCUUCGAGGAAUGGAGGGUGCUGUGCUGCCUGUGUGGAGUGCUCACGGGGAAGGUUACAUGGCAUUCUCCUCUCCAGAACUCCGAACCCAGAUGGAGGCUCAGGGCUUGACUCCACUGCACUGGGCAGACGAUGAUGGGAAUCCCACAGAAAAGUACCCUCAGAAUCCCAAUGGGUCCCCAGGGGGGCUGGCUGGCGUCUGCUCCCCUGAUGGCCGCCACUUGGCUCUCAUGCCUCACCCAGAGAGGGCUGUGAGGCCUUGGCAGUGGGCAUGGAGUCCUGCUCCGUUUGACACUCAGACCACCUCCCCCUGGCUCCAGCUCUUCAUCAAUGCCCGAAACUGGAUCCAGGAAGGAAGCUGCUGAGCAGGCUGAAGAGUCAUGUGUGGUCGCCCCAACCCCCUCUGGUUUCUGACUGGGGUAUCUGCGGCUUACUCCCUCACCCCGUCUUCAGAAAUACCCCUUAUUUCCUGCUGGGAAAUUGUGCCAAUGCAGUCACAUCUGCCAUGUUCUCCCCUCAGGCUACUGCUAGUUCCCACGAGAGUUGGGACAUUCUCCGAGUGCCUGUUCAGCCAUGUUGUGCCCUCAGGACAUUGUCUAUAUCCCCGCGAUAUCUGGAGUGCUCUGGUUACUCCUCCCCCUUCCCAUUCUCGCGAGAGUUAUCAUCCUAUCCUGGAGUGCUCUGGUUACUCCUCCCCUUUCCCAUUCUCACGAGAGUUAUCAUCCUAUCCUGGAGUGCUCUGGUUACUCCUCCCCCUUCCCAUUCUCGCGAAAGCUACUCCUAUAAAAACCCUUCAUUUUCCGCACCUCGCUCUCUUGCGGCGCUCCACUCUGGUGUUCAGACGCAGGAAAGGUUACUGCGUGAGGCGGCCAUUUUCUCUACCUCCACGUGGCCCAACCUGCUUCUCUAACACCCAACUCUGAGGUGCCAGCGCGAAUAAAGAUUUGUGUUUCCUCUUCGCUCCAGACCCUCACUCUCUCUUCUCUGCGGCCUGCGCACUACAACAUCUGGCUCUACAACAAUUUCCAAAUGUGUUGUAGACAAAUGAGGACCAAAUGCCACAAAAAAAAAAAAAAACACCUCAACUAAUUUUAUUAACCUGCCUGCUUUUGCCUUAAGCCGUGACAUCUGUUUUCAGUUAUUCUGCUCUGAUAAGUUUGGACCUAACCCCUGGGAAGCUGCUGUGGUUCAGAGAACCUGCAGUGGAAAGUUAGACUGCAUGGGGGUGGUGGGCUUCCAUCACGACAUCAUGUUUCAUGGCACUCAUGUGGGCUCAGAAGAAUGUUUUCUGUCCUUAUCAGAACUUGAGGAGUGGAGACAUACAAUGCAAGUUAGGACCUGUUUUCUGGGGAAAAAAAAAAAAGAAGUUUUUGAACCUGUCUU